GAACAAGUUAAACAUUUGAACCUCCAUACAUCUCAUAAGUGCUACUUCUAACAACCCCGCCAUUAUCAAUCAACAUGGUGGAUCUCAGGACUGAGUCUCUUAAAUCCCCAGUGGAUAUUGCUGAGUAUCUAUUCACGAGAUUGAAGCAAAUUGGAAUCGACUCUAUUCAUGGCUUGCCAGGAGAUUACAAUUUGGUUGCUCUUGACUACAUCCCUAAACUUGGAUUGAAAUGGGUUGGCAAUUGUAACGAGUUGAAUGCAGGAUAUGCUGCCGAUGGCUAUGCUCGUGUGAAAGGAAUUUCGGCAAUCAUGACUACCUUUGGCGUGGGAGAGCUCUCAGCGAUCAAUGCCAUGGCGGGUGCAUACUCUGAACGAGUCCCUAUUGUCCACAUAGUUGGCACCCCUUCAACAAUUUCGCAAAAGGAUGGCAUGCUUUUGCAUCAUACACUUGGAAACGGAAACUUUAAUGUUUUCGCAGAUAUGUCAAAGGAGAUCUCUUGCGCAAUGGCCAAGAUUAAUGAUCCUAACGAAGCUGCUGCCUUGAUCGAUCAUACGCUGCAGCAAUGCUGGAUUCAUAGCCAGCCGGUCUACAUUACACUGCCAACAGAUAUGGUUCAGAAGAAGGUAGAAGGAGAACGGUUGAAGACACCCAUUGACUUGUCUCUACCCUCAAAUAACCCGGACAAAGAGGAUUACGUCGUUGAUGUAGUUCUCAAGUAUCUUGAGGCCGCGAAAAGCCCUAUCAUCCUCGUUGACGCAUGCGCUAUUAGACACAGAGUCAUCCCAGAGGUGCACGGAUUGAUAGAAAAGACUAGCUUGCCUGUCUUUGUCACUCCAAUGGGCAAGGGUGCCGUCGACGAGACCUCCGAAAAUUAUGGAGGUGUCUACGCGGGAAGUGGUAGUCAGCCAGACGUUAAAAAGCGAGUCGAGUCUUCGGACCUUAUUUUGACGAUUGGAGCCAUCAAGAGUGACUUCAACACCGCCGGAUUCUCCUAUAAGACUUCUCAACUUAACACAAUCGACUUCCACAGCACAACAAUUGUCGUUCGUUAUUCUGAAUACCCAGGCGUUCACAUGCGCGGGGUUUUGCAGAAGAUUAUCAAGAAAAUUGACCUUCAAAAGCUCUCUGCCGUUCCAGGGCCCAAGAUGGAAAACAAGGUUGCCGCAAAUGAAGAUAGCUCAGAUACCAUCACUCAAGCAUGGUUUUGGCCCAGGGCUGGCGAGUUCUUGAAGGAGAACGAUAUUGUCAUUACCGAGACUGGAACAGCCAACUUCGGUAUUUGGGAGACGAAAUUUCCAAAGGGAGUUACAGCUCUCAGCCAGGUAUUGUGGGGUAGUAUUGGGUACUCCGUUGGUGCUUGUCAAGGUGCUGCACUGGCCGCCAGAGAUGCUGGAGAUGACAGGAGAACCAUUUUGUUUGUUGGUGAUGGUAGUUUCCAGCUCACGGCUCAAGAAGUAAGCACAAUGAUCCGCCUUGGAUUGAAACCUAUCAUUUUUGUGAUUUGCAAUGACGGCUACACCAUUGAGAGAUUUAUUCACGGCAUGGAAGCAGAAUACAAUGAUAUUGCGCCCUGGAACAACAAAGAUCUGGUCCCAGCAUUUGGUGCCAAAGAAGGCAAAUACAAGCUUCACCAGAUUAAGACCAAAGACCAAGUCAAUGAGCUUUUUACGAAUAAAGAGUUCAACUCUGCGGACUGUCUGCAGUUUGUGGAAUUGUAUAUUCCAAAGGAGGAUGCUCCAAGAGCAUUGGUCUUGACGGCUGAGGCGAGUGCUAAGAACAACGCGAAGGAGUAAACAAUACUUCGAGCUUCGAAAUCAAAAUUAUUGGGGCAUUGGAGGCGUACGGAUCGGGUACCCGGUUAGGAUAAUGAAAAUAAUGAAAUAAUGGAAUUC